AUGCAAAGCCCUGCUCUAUUUCCUUCGGCACCAAAUGAAUCACGCCAGGAUAUUUCAGAAUCAUGGACAGACAUAGAAGGAGCAUCAUCAGAUCAAGAAGUUUCGGGUACCAAUAAUAGCCUCCCCGGAACAACAUCACAUGACAUAAGGCAAGCAAAAAACCUACUUCCAACGUUUGACUCGGCCUCCUUCAACCAUAUGGAGAUUAGCCCUAUCACAGAUGAAGUGUCAACCCAGUCAAUUUCAUCCACAAUCUUUGAUACUGAUUGGGAGAAGCUCUUGGUAGAUGAUGAUACAAGCGAUUCCUUCUGGAAAGAACUCUUAGACUUGACGUCCACUUCCGCAGCUUGAUCAUGAACUAAAGGCACAGGAGGGAUACAGUUAAUACAUCG